AGAUAAUUGAGCGAUGAUAUAACCAAGUCGUGUCUCCAAUCCAAUCCGCCCCGGCUUUUGUGGAAAAUUUUGGGAAAUUUUGAAACGCGCCGAGACAAACGACCGGUGCGCGUAAAUGUCGAGAAUACACGUAGAUAUUUCGAGAUGUCAGACGUUAUGGUAAACACGUGAGAUACGCGAGAGAGAGAGAACGACGAUUGAAAGAAGAAAACGCGAUUGUUGUGUAAUUUUAAGAAUAAUAAAACAUUUAUCAACAGAUUUGCUGAUUCCGGGGAGUUGUGUGUGUGGUGGUCGCGCGCGCGACCCGAACGUGUCAGAACUUUAUUCGAAAAUUUAAUCCGAUGCAGUAAACGAAUUGUUUGUUUUGUUUUUUUUAUUUCGCACGAUGAUUGCUGGCGAUGUACAAGGCUCGCUUAAGGAAGCCUUGUACGAGUCGUUAACCGGAAUCUUGUCGCCUCAAUAUGAAACUCGCGUGUCCGCGGAGCAAAGGGUUCAGGCUUUGGAGGUUACUGAGGAAUUCGGAAUACACCUUACGGAGUUUGUAGUUGAUCCCAACGGGCAUUUGCCGAUUAGGCAAUUAGCUUCCGUAUUAUUGAAGCAAUACGUUGAGACACAUUGGUGCUCAACGGCCGAGAAGUUCCGUCCGCCAGAGCCUAACAAUGCCGCUAAAGAAAGGAUCAAGGAGUUAUUGCCUCUCGGGCUUCGGGAGGCUAUCAGUAAGGUACGAACCGCGGUGGCCUACGCAAUAUCGGCUAUAGCGCAUUGGGAUUGGCCUGAAAAUUGGCCUGCUCUUUUUGACAUACUUGUCAGUUGUUUGAAGGAUCAGAACGAAUAUGCCGUUCACGGGGCGAUGAGAGUUCUGACCGAGUUCAGUCGGGAUCUAACAGAUGCUCAUCUUUACAACGUCGGACUUAUUAUUCUGCAAGAAAUGUUCAGAAUAUUUCAAGAUGAAAACUAUUCGAUCAAAAUACGUGGUCGCGCGGUUGAAGUUUUUAUAAUUAUCACAACCUUAAUUAAUCAUACCAAUUGUGAAAAGGGAUUUAUGGAACAGUAUCUACAGCCAAUCAUUCCUAUGUUUUGCGAGAAGUUUAUCACGUAUCUGAGAAUAUCUAACGGACCGGAUAGCGAUAGUGAAUUUAAAACCGAUAUAAUUAAAGCUAUAAACUGUCUGGUCACAAAAAUGCCCAAAUAUGUGUCGGAUUUUUUGUCUCAAAUGCUGCCGCCUAUAUGGGAAAAUUUAUGCCAGAGCGCAAAGACGUACCAAGAAACAAUGGUAAAUUCUGAUGCGGAUAUCGACGAUAAGGAAGUUGAUUCUGAUGGCGAGGUAAUCAAUUUCAAUAGUCUGAUUAUCGCAAUAUUUGAGCUCAUCCAGACCAUCGUGGAUCGCAAAAGGUUUACAAAUAUAUUAGAUAAUAUGCUGGGGGAAGUUAUAUAUUAUCUAAUAGUAUUUAUGCAAAUAACACCCGAACAGAUCCAACAGUGGACAAGUGUUCCAGAACAAUUUGUCGAGGAGGAAGACUGUACGUUCGAUUACAGUGUUCGAAUAUCGGCACAAGAAUUUUUAAUGACUCUUCUUACCAAUUCCGAAGACAAAACCGUUCACGCACUGUGCGACGUUGUCACAAGACAUAUCGAAGCGACGAAAGAAAUGCGCGUUAAUGGCGAGGGCGGUAACAGCAACGAGAGCUGGUGGAAAAUACGAGAAGCCUCCUUACUGGCAUUGAGUCUCUCGAAAAAUUCCAUUAUCGAGAAACAGCAGGAAGGAACGUUACCGUUCGAUAUCGUUAGAUUUCUAGACACGGUUGUUUUGGAAAUGUUGAACGAUUCAGGGUCGCCUCCGUUACUUCUUGGUCGCUGCUUAUGUCUCAGUGGACGAUACGCCAAAACGUUGCCGCUAGAAGUGAUUUCUCGAUUUCUCGAAGCGGCAGUUAACGGUUUACAAGAAAACCAACCGCUUUGCAUUCGUAUCUGCGCCGUUAAAGCGAUCUAUUGGUUCUGCGAAGCUUCGUCCGGAAAGGAGUCAUUAGUUAACGUAAUACGCUGCCAUAUGCCUAACAUCUUUCACGGAUUAUACACUCUGGUUAGUCAACAGAACACGGACGUUCUAACUCUGGUCAUGGAAACGCUUCAAAUGCUAGUUUGGCAACAGAAAGAAUUUACGGCAUCGAUGGAAAACAAGAUUUGUCCUUUGACAAUUGCAGUGUUUAUUAAGUAUCAUAGCGACCCGGCGAUCUUAGAUAUAUGUCUGGAUAUUUUCAAGUAUUUGACGCAGAAUCCGAACUGUAUCGGGCCGUUGCAAACUCGUAUAAUACCUACUCUUACGAGUAUGAUGGCGAUCACCAUGAACAAACCACAAGAUGAGGGAUCUCGAGCAGUAGCAUUGGACGUGCUAAAAAUUCUAGUACAGUAUUCGCCGAGACCUCUCAGCAACGCUUUAAUCGAGACUGCGUUUCCUUCCGCGUGCCAAUGCAUUCUUCACUCCGAGGACGACGGGACGUUACAGAGCGGCGGAGAAGUCGUGCGCGCCUACUUGUCCGUGGCGGCGCAGCAAGUUACCGCUUAUCGAGACAGUGAGGGUCAAACCGGACUACAGUACAUAUUGCAAAUAAUCGGUCUACUUCUAAAUCCGCAGUCGAGCGAGUUCACUGCCACUUUCGUCGGACGUUUGGUCACAACCCUGAUCAGACACGUGGGAAACAGUCUCGGCGAGAAUCUCGAUCUGUUGCUGAAAGCGGUACUGAGCAAGAUGCAGACCGCCGAGUCGUCGCUCGUCAUGCAGAGUUUGUUGAUGAUUUACGCGCAUCUUAUAAACACGCAGUUCGACGCCGUGUUGAACUUCUUGUCGACCGUGCCCGGCCCAACGGGACAGAGCGCCCUAGUGUUUGUGCUGUCCGAAUGGGUCAACAGGCAACAUUUGUUUAUGGGUAAAUACGAUCGAAAGGUCGGAACUGUCGCGUUGUGCAACAUACUGCAGUACGGAGUCACGCACGGUGAUUGCAGACUGGACGAGAUCACUGUUAAGGGUGAUAUGAUCAUUUCAGGAAUCGAAGACGGCGUGAGGACCAGGAGCAAAGCGGAGUCGCAGCCUUACGAAUGGACUACGGUGCCUGUACUUGUAAAGAUUUUUAAAGUAAUAAUCAACGAAUUGUCGCAUGAUAUUGAGGUUAUCAGUGCCAGCCAAGAAGCGGAAGUUUCCGAUGACGAAGACGAGGAUGAGGACGAUGACGAACUGAUAGAUCCCGGAAACGACGUUGCAAAUGUUUUACGAUUCGACGGCAUGGACGACGAUAACGAUGAGGAUGAGGAUCCGGAAUUGUUGCGAGAUUCAAUCUAUCAUUUGAAUCUUGGCCAAUAUCUGCGCGAUUUUCUGUUGAACUUCUCCACUCACCAUUGCUUCCGCGUAUACGCCCAACACCUGAAUGUGCCAGAACUAAAAAUCUUAAAUAGGAUAAAUAUCAAGCUCAUGUAAUAGGAUUAUAAAAUUCAAAGAUGAUCAAAAGUUUUCGAAUAUCAUGAUAAAUAGUCUUUUUUCUACACUUCACGAUGUUUUUUUUUGUUUGUUUGUUUUUUUUUUUCUUAUUCCUUCGAGAAACAGUUUCUUCCGCGCUGCGCGUUUCUUUCUUGGUGAACGUAUUUUUUUUUCGCCACCGGACAUGGUGGCGGCGCGCGCGCCUAAAAGAUAAAUACGCACUUGAUCAAAUUUCGUCGCCACGUCGUUGCAUAUAUUAAUGUUAUAUUUUAUUCGUGGAUUUUUAUUUACAUUUACACACACGCGUGGAAUCGUCACGUCGGCAUCUACAUUACAAAAAGACCGGGUAUGUGAGCCGCGCGAGCGAUUCUUUGCGCGUGUGCUUUAUUACGUAUUUGUUAUUUAAUAUAUAUAAUUUAGAACGUAUACAACAUAUUUCCUACAACGGUACACUGUAUCUAACAUAGACGUUUUUUUUUCUCGAACGCCUCGCACACACCUUACGCAGCGGAGAAAUAACGCGACAGAGUUUAACUUUUAUAUUAUACGCGUCGCAUUUGAUUCACACUCCUAUUCACAAUUCUGUCUUCCAUAUACGUUAUACAUGUAUAGAGUCGCAGAACAAUUGUGUGUGUAAACACAGUAAUAAUAAUAAUAAUAAUACACUCGAGUGAUUAUCUCUUCUAGGCUGGAAAAAAAAAAAAAAAAAAAA